UGAGGCUCAUCGAUGUACAUCGACGGCGCAUUAGCUUUUCCCAGGUCCAGGACCUUCGUGACCAUGAUGGGAGUAUACUAUUAAUAGGCAGAUGCGUGGAAUCAAGGAAGGAUCUGAUGCUGAUGAUCCAACAUCCAGGACCACGCUGUAUAUACACUACUGUAAGCUGACCACAAGAUCCGUGCAGCGUUGCGGCACGCUAACCUCACAGAAAGUGUCAAUGGUGUUCCUUCUAGACAUGACCUGCGUGUUUGGAGUAAACGCGUGCGGCGUAGCUAUGCCUCCAGCCUUACGGUCAAGCGGACCGGGUAAACUCUAGUGGCUGUCUAUUGUUAUGAGUGAGCCUCUGAAAUGCGCCAAUAGGCGGCAACACAUGGUCAUUGACGAGUCA